AUGACGGAUAAAUUACCUCCAAAUCUCCUCGCGCUCUUCGCCCCGCGACCUCCUUUGCGAUGGGUGCCUCCUCCCGACUUUGCCCCCGAGCAACGAAAGACGCAUUCUAUCACUGGACUGGCCGAAUACCGUAAAGUGCUUGCCGAUUAUAAGGAUAAUGAUGGAUACGUCCCUACCGAGAGUUGGCUGCAGAUGCGCGACAGGAAGAAGCUUGAGAAGAAGGCUCAGCAAGAAGACUUGCUGACCGAACUACCAAUACAUUAUAAACCCAAUGAGGACCCAAACAUCCGUGGCGACCCGUUCAAGACCCUCAUUGUUGCUCGACUGAGUUACGAUGCCACGGAACAUGAUCUUGAGAAAGAAUUUGGUCGCUUCGGGCCAAUUGAGCGUAUUCGUAUCGUGUCCGAUACCCACGCCAACGAAAAGCCUAACAAGAAAAAGAAGCCCCAUCGGGGAUACGCCUUUGUAGUUUUUGAACGCGAGAAAGAUAUGAGAGCUGCUUUAGAUGGUUGCGAUGGAAUCCGCAUCAGAGACCGCCGCAUUAAGGUAGACGUUGAAAGAGGCCGCACAGUCAAGGGCUGGAAGCCUCGUCGUUUUGGUGGUGGUCUAGGUGGUCGAGGAUACUCCAAAGCUGCACCUCCCCAGCCUAGAGGGCCUGGGUUCGGAACCGGUUUUGGUGGACGCGACGGCUUCCGUGGAGGAUUUCAGGGCCGUGGAAGAGGGGGAUUCCCACCUGGCCGUGACCGCGGCUUCCGAGGAGGAGCUGCUGGCGGAAGUGGUGGAGACUUUGGCGGUCCCAGCCGUGAUCGUGGCUUUGGUCAGCAGAAUGGGUUCAACCCGCCCCCUAACGCCCCGGCUGGUCCUAACUGGGCUGGACGUCGCGGAUUUAGCGGAGGCGAUAAGGAUCGCGGUGGACCAGGUGGUGGUGGGUAUGACUCGCGCAACGGCAGUCGCUCAUAUGAUGAUAGAUCAGGCGGACAUCGUGACGGAGGUAGAUUCGGCGAUCGUGACCGCCGAAGCGGCGCUAACUUUGAGCCGGUUCGUGGCGGACGAGAGUAUCGCGACUUCGACCGGUCGAGAGAAGACGACAGCCGAAAACGUGGCUUUGAAGGCAACUACGAGGAUCCACGAAAACUACGACGUUACUAA